GUGUACUUGAUUGAUGAAUUUAGAACAAGUCAGUGCUGCCCAGCCUGUGAACGUAGAAGUCUUGAAACGUUUCGAAUUGUCGAUAAUCCACGCUCUCAUAAACGAAGGGCAAAUCCUCGUGUAAUCAGACAUGGUCUCUUAAGAUAUACAAAUCAAAAUCGUAGAGCCAUGACGAAUAACACAAAUAGAAUUAUUCCUCGUCUAUGGAAUUGUGAUAUAGCUGCUUGCUUGAACAUAGUUAAUAUUGUUCGUUUACUU